CAGCUGAGUCAUUUCAACAGCUUCAGACUCGAUAAAUACAGGCUCUGCAGGCUCAGCAGCCGAAUGUGGAAGUCUGCAAUUGUAGGCAACUUAUUUGCUGAAGAAAUGACAACUCAUGGAUCCAUUUAAGCUUUGACUGGUAGCCAUAACUAUCAAAGAGCGGCACUAAACUUCUAGCACGUUUUAUUUUCAACAUCUCUGCAACUCUUUUCACUUGUGAGAUUUUUAUUUUCAUUGCAGCGGACAUUUGGCAUCUUCAGAAACUUUAUUCAUAUUUACGUGCUUGUGAAGAAUUCUCGAGGAAUUUUUCGAUAUUUUCAAUACGGAGAUUUCUAUCAGCUCUCUGAUAAAAUAAAAAGAAAAAAAAGGUUAUUGAUGAUGGCUGGGAUGCAGAGAUGUGACAAGAUGGUUUUUCUUCUGAUGUCUUUGCUGGCACUGUUUGUGGAGUUGGUGACUGAGAGCUUGGUGAAGCAGCAUUCCCAUUCGAGCUUUAUCCAUCGGAGACUGAACAACAGGGAGAAGCGUGAGAUGCAAAAAGAGAUCUUGUCUAUUCUGGGCCUACCUCGCCGACCCAAACCUCUGCUCUCCAUCAAACAAUUGGCUUCUGCCCCAGUCUUCAUGCUGGAUCUUUAUCGUACUGUGGCCACUGAAGAGUCAGACCAGUGGCAGGGGGCUUUGUUGCCUUUCCAGGUGUUCCAGACCACACACAGAGCCCUGGAACAGACAUUCCUCCGUCAAGCAGAUACUGUUAUGAGCUUUGUUAAUGUAGUGGAGCACAAUGAAGAUGCCUUUCACAAUGAGGCACAGUGGAAGGAAUUUAAGUUUGAUUUAACUCAGAUUCCUCAAGGUGAAAUGGUAACUGCAGCAGAGUUUAGGAUCUACAAAGGAAUAAAUCAGAGUUUUCAUGGAAACAUGACUCUUCACAUCACAAUUUACCAAGUGCUGCAGGAGUUCAAGGACAGAGAACCAGAGCUCCUCCUAUUGGACUAUCAAGAAGUGUGGCCUUCGGAAGAAGGGUGGCUUGAGUUUGACAUCACAGCAACGAGUAAUCACUGGCUAAUGAACCCUCGUUAUAAUCUUGGCCUGCGCCUCUGUGUGCAGACUGAUGAAGCUCCAGGGCACAGUCUCAACCCCGAUUUUAUUGGUCUGGUCGGACGACGAGGGAUCCGAUCCAAACAGCCUUUCAUGGUGACUUUCUUCAGAGCAAGUGAGGCACCUGUUCGUACAACACGGGCUACAAAACCACGCAGAGGUCGUAAGAAAUAUAGUCAAUCGCAGGAAUCUUGCGAAAGACUGCCCAGUGUGUCAGGAGCCCAUAAUUCUGGAGAUCAGAGGCAAGUAUGCAAGAGGCAUGAAAUGUAUGUUAGCUUCCGAGAUCUUGGCUGGCAGGACUGGAUAAUUGCUCCAGAUGGCUAUGCAGCGUUUUAUUGUGAGGGAGAAUGUUCAUUUCCCCUUGACUCCCACAUGAAUGCAACCAACCAUGCGAUUGUGCAGACACUGGCUCACCUGUUGAAGCCAGACACGGUUCCAAAGCCAUGCUGUGCACCAACCAAACUCAGUGCUACAUCAGUGCUCUACUUUGAUGAGAAAUAUAAUGUGAUAUUAAAAAAGUACCGGAAUAUGGUGGCAAAGUCCUGCGGCUGUCAGUGAAAAAUCUCCACAUAUGGUGCAAGUAUUUAAUGUAUGAGGCAGCUGGAAUAAUAAAUGGAUGCAAUGAAGACAA